ACUACGUUUAGUGAAUCACUCAGCUGAACACCUUGCAGAAGUACUGCACACGCGUGAGAAGGGCCGUUUCAUCCUUUGCUUUAACACGAGGUUAAUAUGGCAGAACAAGCAGAGAGCUUUGACUUACACAAAGAGAGGCAGGUGCGGGGAUCUGCACCUCAAGGGGUUGAAUUGGAAGAUGGGAACACGGUCAAGGAGGAGCAGAUGGAACUGGCCUGUGACCUGAACAGCAGCACCGAACUGGGAACCAGCACAGAAAUCUCUCUGGAAGAAGAUGAGCUGGAAGACGCUAUUCCUGGGGAGGCAGAUUCCUCUGAAGCGUCUGAAGGUUCGGAAGCGGAGAACGCGAAAUGGCUCGCUCUCGACCCGGCGGGGCCCCGCGGGGAGGCCUGGGGACGGGGACGGGGGACCCCGGGAAUCGCGGUCCCUCCCGCAGGGAGCUGCAGACGCGCGGCGGGCCGUGUGGCGAGCGACGUCACGGAGCUGGGCUCCGUCCGCAUCAUUGAAGACCCCUACUUGGGGGCCCCCAUUAAAGAGGAGGUAGCGGAAGAAGCCUUCCUGGGAGGGGAGGACGCGGGGGGCACAUCCGGCCUGCCCCCAGGCAGCGCGGCGAAGCCCGGAGCUCCUCGCCCACCAGGGGGCGACGCGCAGGACUCAGCCUUGACCUCCGGCUCCCUGUUGUCAGAGCAAAAACAUCCAUCCCCCUGUGCACAGAGCUGGAGGCCAGCUGUUGCUGAGAACAACACGGAAAACUGUAGUGGAACCUCUGCUUUCGAGCUACUGAAGGCCCAGCUCUUGGGCGCAAAGGCCAGCGACACUGCGGACGCCACAGAGGGCACGAAGCACAGACCCAUGGGUGACGGCGGGGCCUCUAAUGACUGCAAAGUGUGCGGGAAGAGCUUCAGCCGUUUGGAGACCCUCCAGCUCCACCAGCUGCUGCACAAGCUCGACGCCAUGUACGACUGCGCCGUGUGUGGCAGGGGCCUGGAUGCGGGUCCCUGCGGCAGGGAGGGGGGUCACUCCGGGCACGGCCAGUACCAGUGUGUCGACUGCGGGAAGAACUUCAGCCACCCGCGGAGUCUGAGCAGACACCGGCGUGUCCACCGAGCAGAGGGGGUGUAUGGGUGCAGCUAAUGUCUGUGUGAACCUCCAGUCAGGCACAAGCAUGAGAGAAAUAUCACUUGGAACAUGAAGGAGGAAAACCAGGAAAAAAAAAACUUACCUGCUGAGGUUUGAAUAGCAGGAGAUGUGUCCUGAGCUAACAAGCUGUUGAUUGUAUUUUUCUAGUUGGUCAAACACCAAAAUACCUGUAAAUGUUUAGCAGCCAUUAAAAUUACUUAGUCUCUUCUCAA